CAAAUGCUGCGAUCGACUUAACACGCGCAUCGCGCAUUUUUGUAGUUUAGAACGUGUUUUUUGUACUUGGUUAUAUAUUGUGCGUGCUUAGAAAAAAAAUAAAUUAUAACGUCUGUUUUAAAUUAAUAUAUUAAAUUUAUUGUAAGUGGAAAAUUCGUUUUCCUUAUUUAAAAUGCCUGACAUGAAAUAUAUAUUAGUUACUGGUGGAGUUAUAAGCGGUAUCGGAAAAGGCGUGAUUGCCAGUUCUUUUGGCACGAUUUUAAAGAGUUGUGGCAUCGAUGUGACUUCAAUAAAAAUUGAUCCGUAUAUAAAUAUUGACGCUGGUACUUUCUCUCCUUACGAACAUGGUGAAGUUUACGUUUUAGACGACGGAGGCGAAGUCGACCUUGAUCUUGGCAAUUAUGAGCGCUUCCUGGACAUCACUCUACAUAGAGACAACAAUAUUACGACGGGCAAAAUAUAUCAGCAAGUUAUUGAACGAGAGAGGCGUGGGGACUAUCUUGGCAAAACAGUGCAAGUUAUUCCUCACAUAACAGAUUCUAUACAGGAGUGGGUGCAGCGAGUUGCUCACAUUCCUGUUACACCUGAAAACACCCCCCCUAAGGUGUGCAUAGUGGAACUUGGUGGCACUAUUGGGGACAUAGAGGGCAUGUCAUUUGUAGAGGCAUUCAGACAGUUCCAGUUUAGAGUUAAAAGAGAAAAUUUCUGCUGUGCACAUGUUUCUUUAGUGCCAAUGCCAAAAUCUACAGGUGAACCCAAAACUAAACCGACACAGUCAUCGGUCCGCGAGUUACGCGGUUUAGGUUUAUCGCCCGAUUUAAUACUCUGUCGAUCUGAGAAACCUAUCGAUCAUACAGUUAAGGAGAAAAUAUCCAAUUUCUGCCAUGUGGGCCCUGAACAGGUAAUUUGUAUACAUGAUUUGAGUUCGGUGUAUCAUGUUCCAUUGUUAAUGGAAAAUCAAGGUGUUGUACAAUACCUGAAUGAAAGGCUUCAGUUGAACAUAUCUAUGCCUCGACCAGGCAGAUUUAUGCAAAAAUGGAGGAAUCUCGCAAAGCGUGUCGAUAAUUUACGCAAAGAAGUCAACAUAGCGUUAGUAGGAAAGUACACAAAACUGGAGGAUAGCUACGCCAGUGUAACUAAGGCACUACAACACGCAUGUAUCGCCUCGGGAUGUAAGCUGAAUCUCACAUAUAUUGAAGCAGUCAAUUUAGAGAAGCAAAUGAAAAUCGACGACCCAGUUAACUACCAUAAGGCAUGGCAGGAUCUCUGCAAGAGCGAUGGCGUCAUAGUUCCUGGUGGAUUUGGUCAAAGAGGAAUGGAGGGUAAAAUCGAAGCUUGCCAAUGGUGCCGUGAAACCCAGAAACCCAUGCUUGGAAUAUGCUUAGGUUUACAAGCUGCUGUAAUAGAAUUUGCUAGGAAUGUACUGGGUCUAAAGGGCGCUAACACAACAGAAGUUAACCCAGAAUGUGAAGACAAACUGGUGAUAGAUAUGCCUGAACAUCAUACCGGCAAACUAGGUGGUACCAUGCGGCUGGGUAAAAGGAAAACGUACUUAGAACAAAGUGUUAUCACACGAUUGUAUAACAAAGAAGUAAUAGAGGAACGCCACAGACAUCGCUACGAAGUGAAUCCCGAGUAUAUAGAGAGGCUCGAAGCGGCUGGACUUCGGUUUGUUGGUAAAGACGAGACCAAGACACGUAUGGAGGUCGCAGUGGUUGACUCUCACCCCUACUACGUCGCUGUGCAGUUUCACCCUGAAUAUUUGUCAAGACCACUCUCACCGAGUCCACCUUUCUUAGGAUUAAUAUUAGCUUCGCUUGGGAAACUUAAAAGCUACUUAUCUAAAGGCUGUCGAUUCAGCCCUCGGAACCAGUCCGAUGUUAGUUCAGACGAGGAAGAUAUACUAACUUUGAUAGAAGACAAAUCAAUUAUUGAAAAUGGUAAACCAGUGAAUGGUGUAAAGAAUGAUUAGAAUAAUGAAACUUCUACUUUAUAUUAAAAUUUAUAUAAAUAUAUUUUUAUUGAUUAUAUAUAUUCGGAGCUGAUUAUUAUUAUUAUGAAUGUGUAUGAGAUAUGUGUAAAAAAAAAACUGAUAACGUACAUAUGUACGUAUUUAUAUAAAAAUGCCAAAUGUUAUGCCUAAAAAAGGAUUUUGGUAUUGGAAUGUUCUUUUGAGCUAUAUUCUUACGGUUUUUGAUGAAAUUGGGUAAUAUAUUAUUUGGUGAAUUUCUAAGGAUAUGAUUUUGCUUAAAAUAAUAUCAGAAAUCAGUUUCCGUUUGUAAUAGAAUGUAAGGAUUUGCUGUUUGCUAGAUUGUUGAAUAUUUCUUUGCUAUUUGUAAGUUAUGUAUGGAUAGUUCUUGUCUCUCAAUAAGUUAAAAUAGUCGUGGAAUUUUAUAUUUAUUAUCUUAUCAUUUGUAUUACAUUUCAUACAAAGCAAAAUCUGUUUUCUUCUCAAGCAAUUUACUGCUCCUUUAUAUUACAAUUUUUUUUAAUGGUUGAAAAUUGAAAUAGGAAGGAAUUGAAGGGAUAACCCUUUUUUGCGCUAUCAUAUAUACUGCCUACCGUAUAGUCUGCGGUAUAUACUGGCGGGCCCCAGUAACUGAUGAUAAGUGAGCAUCAAAUAGGUCGGAUGAUCCAUCGUGACGAAUUCAACAAUAAUUAACUGUGGUUUCCAGGGGCAACAGUGUGGAAGUCAACUUGAUUAGUUAUAAUCUGUCAGGUCACACUGUUCCUUCUUAUUAUAACUUCUUGUACCAUGUUUCAAAUACCAUGGGCAUCACAUAGAAUACUGCCGUGUCCAUAGCAUCCCCCAUACGUUGUCAUACCCGAGGACAAAGUUAUCACGCCUUUGUACCCAGUAAUUUCAUUGCCCUAUCCCACCAUUAUUUAUUAAUGUAAUGUAUUAAUGAACAAUUCAAUUGUAAGACUUACUGCUAUAUGUAACAAAUAUCUGUACUUUAUAAGUACAGAAAAGUAUUUUUAAAAUUUUUCUCUUUUAUGAUGUCUAUUGUAGAUUGUCUGUAACAUUGUGACAUUAAAGCAUGUAUAGAUAGGUAGAUAUAAGUUUUGGCCAUCUUGACAAUAUCGUGUCCCUGUUGUAUAGGAUAUUACGGCGUCACAACUCAUAAAUUUACGGCUUUAAUCUGUUAUGCCACGACAACAAAUAUCAGUCAUCUGAGCUAGUUUCAAGUAAAAGUGACGGUUAUACCAAAUGACUAAAGAAUAUAUUGAUGGAGCAUCGAGUGUCAAAAACAGAUCAAAAUUUAGUUAGUCAAAUGUCAGUUUGCUUUACUGAAUUAUUAUAUUUAAUAUUUAAUAAUCUAUAAGCGCGCCAUUUUUUUCAGUGUUGCAAGUUAUUGGAUUCAAAAAUUCCUAGAUUGGUUAAUUUUUUAAUAGAUUUUCCUAUAUCAGGUUGAUAUUUCGCGUUGCUGCAAGACCAUUUCGAUUGCCAUUUCGUCCGUGCACGUUUUGUGACACGUGUUUCUCUUCUUCAGGCAAAUUAUUAGAUCGUUACUCGUUAAAUAGCCAGUGAUAUGAACUGAUGCAAAAUAACACCUAGUUGAGUAGAAUAUUCACUUGGUCUCUGGAUAAAUACUUAGUCCCGUCACAUGUGUAUUAGAACUUUGUAGUAGAUACUUCCUAGUCAGUAUAAUUCAGCAUAAUACAAAUAUGUUAAUAUUUUUAUACUUUUAUAAGUAUAGUCAGCAACAAAUGUAAAUGACUAAAUUGUAUAAAGAUACUAUAUGUAGUUCUUAUCGUAGAGUUUUCACUUUCAUAGACUUUUGUGGCUGACUGUUCAAACAACUCGUAACUCAAAGUUAAGAAUGUAUUAUUAUACCUUCGUUUAUGGCAUAUUUUAUAGAUUUAUGGGGUUAAUUUUUUUUUUCUGAAAAGCUUCGUAAAUUUAUAUUUUCUUCUAGUGAUAUUACUUUUGAACAUUACGCUGAAUGGAUUAAACUGGUUUUGUAAUAAACAUCUUAAUUUGAUACCUGAAGAGACGAUAUGUAAGAUGAAAUCUGCAGAUCUUUGGAUAUCUCUUUCUUAUAACUUGAAGAUUGCAUAGUUGUUAAAAUCAUUUAAAGCAGGUGUCAUAAAAUUUUGUUCUGAAACUCCUGUUUUAUUGAAUCAAUUGUAAAUACAGUGGAUUUCAUUUAUUACGACCUUGGUUGUAGCGACCAUUUAUCUAUAGCGACGUUAAAUCUAAGUCCCUUGAGUUUAAAGCAUGUUUUAGUACAAAAUUCAUGUAACUAUAGUGACUUUAGAGCCGCUUUAACGCUAAGUUCGGGUGUGGCGACUAUUUUUAAUGAUUAGAUGAAUAGAUGAAUUUCAUUUGUAACAAAUUCCUAGAACUCCCAUGCAGAUAUUGCGACCGAAGUUGGCCGCCAAAGAGACACCAAGAGGUCUUUCUUUCACAAACAUUUCUAACCUUUUGUUUACAUCCACAAAGACGGUCAGCAAGUAUGGAGACCUUUAUUUAUUGUUUAUAGAUAUCAGUUCAAUUAUAAAGUGAUAUUCUGAGUAGCAACUGAGUUUAGUAAACUUUUGAAUAAGUAUGACUACCUCGACGCACAUUCACUGUUAAAGAAAAGGCGGAAAUCAUUUCAAAAUAAAAAAAACUGUGAAAACUACUGAUUUGUGCGAAUAAAAAAUUAUACAUCUCUACGUGUCUGUAUCUUUUUACCUUUGCCUGUAACGACUUCCGGAUAUAACGACAUGAAUAGAGUGGUCUCUUUAUCGUCGUUAUACCCGAAAUCCACUGUAUAUGUAUUAUGUUGUUUAUAUAUAUAUAUAUAUAUAUAUAUAUAUAUAUAUAUAUAUAUAUAUAUAUAUAUAUAUAUAUAUAUAUAUAUAUAUAUAUGUGUGCAGGUUUAUUAUUUAUGUAUUAUUAUUAUAUUUUAUAUAUGUAGGUGUACACAAUGUUAUUGGAAUAUAGCUAUGGAACUUUGUGUUUAAUUUUAACUAGGAGUUAUUAAGUUUUAUCUUUAAGUGCAGAGUUUUUACCCUUGAACAUCCUAUAGUUUUCUUUCAGUGUCUCAACGGUUGACUGUAAGAGAUCCUUCCAUGGAAUAAGUUCGUUAUUGUAUAUUAAAUCUUUUUAAUGCGUCCUGUGUAAAAUCUGUACAAUAAAGAUUUUACACACACUAAGGUCGUCUAGCUAUUUGUCAAUAAAAUUUAAAUUUUACGUUGUUUAUGGUAAAAUAUAUUUUACAAUGUCAUUGGCAGCGGUAAUUUUUCCCACUGUGGGUUCAUGGCUUUAUCUUCUAUUAAAUGUAUUUUGUUAGUACACAGUUUAUUUGCAUUGUUGAAAUUUAAAUCGCAAGUCUUUCAUCUUGGAUCGAUUCUGUUGUAUAUAAUUAGUGAUGAUUUCUAAAGUUCUCUUAAAAAGUGUACAAUUUUUAAUUAUAUAUUUUGUGGAAUUUAUUAUUGUACCUAUAUGCCAUUUUUUAUUUAAUAUAAUUGCAGAGUUACGCAUUAGCUAUCAAUAUUUGAUUUUUAUAUAAUAGUUAUUUAGAAUCUAAGCAUAUUCUUAAGUAUUCAAGGUAUUAAGAUCCUGGUUAAAUAUCUAGAUCAAAUGUCAAGUAUUUUUCGCAUUUCAAAAGUAGCUUGGUCAUUAACAUCGUUACGUUAUCAACACUUGCCAAGUGCGUAAUAUUUAUGGCAGAUGCAAACAUUUUGAAACGAUUGCAAAGCAAGCAGAUAUAUCUUUUCUCAACUCUAUUACAUAUUCUACGCAUACUAUGAAAAACUAGUCUAAAAAGUAUCAUCUAUUUAAUGUAAGUAAUGCUUGUGGAAGUAACUUGAAUAUGAAUUAUGACAAUUGCCCCAUGUAAAAUUUAUAAAUUAAAUAUGUUCUAACUUUAAAAUGUAUUAGUCAUUAGUGUAAAUGUAUUCAAAAUGAUAUUUUAAACAAUGUUUAUUUUCUAUACAGAAUGAAAUUUAAUUCAUUGGUAUUCUUUUAAGUGUUUUUUUAGAGAGUUUUUAAAGAAUAUCUUUUUUUAAAAAAAAAAAUUGGGUUAUAAGCAUAAAAAACAAUUUUUAUCUUCCAUAUUAAUUCGACAACUGGGUUCGCCUUGUUAGUAUAGGAGGUUCAAAAUUAUUUACAUUCCUUUGAUUUUUAUUUUAUUCUGUAUUACUGAGACUGGCAAGCUGACCUUACACCUCUUGCUCAAGUGUUGCCAUUUGGCUCUCAAUUAAAAUAAUUUGUAAGUGUAUGUAGAUAAAAAGUAUGCAUUUCCAUUGACAUAUAACAAAUUGUAAUUAUAACCUUGAAUGUAGUGAAAUUGGUAAUCCUUAUUUAAUUAAAAAAUAUUAUUUAAAUGUUUACUAUAUAAACUUUAAAUAAAGUUGUUAUUGCUUGUUUAGUAAGUAAACCUCAAAUUAUAAUUUACACCAUUAUUAUCUAAUAGUAAUUGGGUAUAUGAUUAUCUAAUAAAAACGUAUUGUAAAGAUUGUUCCAAAAAUUUUACUGGCAACAUUUGUAUAUUUUUCAAUGUUAAUUUAAGAAGUCCUCUUAUAUUGAAAUAAAACGUUAUCACAAUGGAAUUAAUAUUAAACGUUUAAGGAAAUUGUGUAUACCUAUAGAAUCUUUAAGAGAAAACCUUAAUAGUUACCAAACUUUUAAUGGUAUUUUGUCUACCACUUCUUUAUUUGUUAUUAAUGUUUUAGGAUAGUAACCAGCCACUUUUUAAAUGAUAAUGAUUCAGAAAUAUUGAAAAUUGUAUAAAUAUUUUUUUAAAUUUACAAAUAAUUUAUGUGCUGCCAGUAAUAUAAGGUAAUAAACGCUCUUAUUUUGCAUUUAAACAAAUUUAAGUUUAAUUUGUCUCCGCAAGGUUUACGGUGCUGGAAGGGUAAGAAAGUAAGGAAUUUGAGAAUCAUAGCAAUUUAUAUUUAAAAGCAGCCCAAAAUAGGUUUAAGUAUAUCUCAGUCUCACAUUUAUUGUCACUCAUGAGGCUUACUUUACUAAAUUAAAUGUUAGUAAUUUUAGUAUGAUUAGUUAUAUUAAUUUGUUAUUAUAUAAAUCUCAUUUCAAUCUCUUUACAACAACUUUUUUUCGAAUAACUUUUUCUAUAAUUUUGUGUAAUGUAUACUUGCUGGAUAUAUGUGACUAAUAUUUAAAUCUCAAUUUAUUUUAUUCAUCAUGAUUAGUCAGGAUCAAAAUUUUAGUUCAUCUUCAACAUCUAUACAAUAUUUUUAUGAAACUCUGUAAACAUAUUUGAAAUAAUAUUUUCAGUUAAUACAAGACUGUUUGCAACUAAAACUCAAAUAGUUUGUACAACCAUAAUUAUACAACAGUUUCAAUGUGUUUAUAAUGAGAAUUGUUUACAACUAUAUACAACUAUACAAGCACGAUACUUAUUGGAACUUAUUUUUUUUUUUAUGCAUUCUCGAUUAUAUCUAAAUUACACAAUGUUGUGAUGUUAAUAUAAUAAUAAUGGUGAUUUUAUGGCUGUUGUAGUUACAAACAAAGAGUAUAUAUUUUUAUUGGCAAAAUUUUGUAAAAUAUAGAGAGUAGUAUGUAAUCGGUAUAUGAAUUGGAAUCAUGCAAAAAAUUCCGUUUCGAGUACGACUGUAUAUGACAUUCAAAACAUUAAUUUGUAAAUUUAACAUCUGAUGUGAACACAAAUUAUAAAUCCUGCUUAGAGUUAUCGCACACUUAUCCACGCGGAACGAAUCAAAAACGAGACCAAUUCUAAUAAGUGUUUUAAUUUGAUAAUUUAGCGAAAUACUAUUUUAGGGACCAUUAUAAACUAAAUCUAUAAUAAUUUUGACUUAAAUGUCUUAGAAAAUUAAUUCAUAUUGGUCUUAAUAAUAAAGAUUUCACUGAAUAAGAUAGAAAUUUUAUUUUUGUGUUUGAGGUUUCACACGAUUUCAUACAAUUAAUUUUAAAAUUCUAUUCUUUCGGUUCUUCUGGCGUAUUCUGCUUGGAUAGAUGUGCGGCUACUUUUAAUAUCAAAGAUUAUGACAUUUAAGGUAAUGGAUGUUUAUUAUCCUUGCUUAAGUGAGUGAAAAUUUUGUACAUAGGUAAAAUAGAUGUCUUAAAUCGGCACAUAGGAAACUUUAUUUACUAAAUCACGCGAGCAAAGUCACGAGAUACAGCAUACAUAAAUAAAUAUCUCUAUCGCGUCGGUUUAUCCUCAUUCAUCCGGUCAGUAAUAUUUUAAAUAGUGUAGGUAUUGUCGAUUUAUUAAAUAAUUUACUUGUGUGCAUGCUACGUGUCAGAGUUAAUUUUCAAUAUUCGUACAGAAAUAUUAUACCUACUGAUUGAGUGUGCAUUCCAUACACUUUUUUUAAAAUGCAGUUGUUAUAAUUUUUAAUAAAUGUCUAUUCAGUAAAAAAAUCUU